AUGGCUUCCACUCCCUCCUUACGACGUAAACGACCAUUUUCUGAGAUUGAGAGCCUAGGGGACACCGAGAUCCAAGCUUGCUUUGACUGUUUCAAGAACAGCCGUACUUGUGUUGUUAUGUCUUCCUCGAAAGGGACUAGGUGUGCAAGCUGUACUCGAAAGGGAAUUUCUUGUGUUGGUCAAUCUUGGGAAUCCUUAGACAAAACAAGAGAGAAGACCAAGUCCGCAAUAAACGAAGAUUUGAAACGGUUAGAGAAAGUCAGCGCCGAGCUCGCCGAGAUACAAAGCCGAUUGUCGCGUAAUCGAGUACUUUUAGAGUUUGCCGAGAAAAGAGCGAAAGAAAAGGCAAUCUGCCUCAUGGAAGAGCUUGAACAAGAGGAAGAGGAAGAAAGAGCCCGUAAUGGUGGUUUGACAGAUGGUGAGCUCCGAGAACUGGCGGAUAAUCUCGCCGUCUCUACUCAAGCCGUCGGAAACCAAGAGGUCUCGAAUGUCUCGGAUUCUCACGAUGGUAUCGCGAUAACUCAAGCGGACAGUUGAGGUUUUUGUACGGUUCCCAAGCGUUUUCUUCCGAUCCUCUCAACUUCAUAUUCUAGCUCAGUGGGGUCUUCCAAUUCAGUUUCCCUGUCGAGGGGAGUCUCUGGAUCCGCCUUUUCCAAUAAUGAAACAUGAAAGAUGGGGUGUAUUUUCAUGCUCUUAGGUAGCUGUAGCUCGUAAUUUACCGGUCCUAUAGUCCUCUCAAUUUUAAAUGGUCC